UGGGAAAGGAAUUAACUAUGCUUUCGCCAACCAGCUUGGAUGAAAUUAAGGAACGGAUUAGCAAAAAUGAAGAAAAAAUUCACGUGCUGCAGGCAAUCAACAACGUCCUGAAGGAGCGCCAUGACAUCGAGUCCAACUAUAAAAACCUGGCACUAAAAUUUCGGGACAUGCAAGACGAGGAGGCCCUCCGGAGGGCGAAGUUCGAUGAAGUACGGAAGACACAGCUGGAGGAGCUGCAGGCCAAAGGUGAAGCCCUCUGUCGCGAGAAGGCGAAACUACAGCACCAGAUUGAGCACGUCACGUGGCACCUGGAGGGAUGCCGGCGGAGGCGACCCUGCUUGGCACGGUUACCGGAGAACUGUCCGCUCAAGGGGGACGCACCGAGUUGUUUACCACAUUCGCCGGAAAAACUGAAGAUUAUGGCAAACAUGAAAAGCACCGCAGAUCACCUCGUGAGAGGAAUCAUGGAUUUGAGGAAAAAGAUUCACGUUGUUCAGGACAAGCUGGAACACGAAGUGGCGCGCAAAAAAGAUAUGGAGAAAAAGUUGUCCGAACUGCGAAAGCAGAUCUGUCAGCACAACAAAUGUAUGCAACAGGCAGGCCAGCGGGAGCAUGCCCACCAUCACGCUCACCACCACCACCAUCACGGUGGCGGUGGCGGAGGAGGCCAUGGAACCACUUCGUUGCCACCAAUCAAAAACUGCUUGGCAGCCAAAUAGCAGCGGGCCGCGUCGGAACACGUGAAGGGACACCACCGGAAGCAGAAGCAGCAGUGUUCCCACGGAAAGCUCGUCAAACUACCGCGGCCAUGCUCGGGGGGAUUGGCAUAGAAAGGUUUUAGCGAAUAUCUCGGAUGAAUGUGCUUGGUUAAUCGUUUUGAGGUUAUGUUUGAGAGCGAAUAUAGUUUCCGUUACCCCAGGUUAUUAGUUGUUGUAAAGUGCAUCAAAUGCGAAUAGUUUAAGCGGUUACAGGAUGGAGUUUGUUUAUUUUGCUGCUUCCAUAUUCUAUUAUUGUAUUCUAUUAGCAAAA